AUGUCUUCGUCGUUGGGAGCGAUGUCGUCGUUGGUCUCCCUAUUUGGGUUGCUCGGUAUUCCCAAGGGUGACAAGAAACAACUGCAGCAACAGCAUGGGAUUGAUACACCUUCUCGCCUGAACUCGUGGGAACACAGCUUGGCUUUGAAGAUUUUACGGGCCCGGAGUCAUUGCCAGCAGCUCGUCCCAACAACCAAGGCCGCACCACGAAAGCCCAAGGAAGCUAGCAAACUUGUUCCUCUUCAGGACCAGAAAGGUUUUAGACAAGGCGACAAGUAUUGGGAGGAUGUACAGCACGGAAAUCCCAACGCAAAGGACACGUUGGAUGAGGGUUUCACUGCAGCAAUUCUUGGUCCUGACGACAAAGGUUGGGAAGAAGAUCUCGAUAACCAGGAGGUAUUUAUUCCGGAUCCAUCUCGGCAGGACACCGCGUUGCUUCGUUUGCCUGAGCGCGUCUUCAAAGAUCUGUUCAACUUCCAGAAGGUAGGCGUUGAGUGGAUGACUGGGUUGUAUCAUCAAGAAAGUGGUGGAAUCUUGGGAGACGAGAUGGGAAUGGGGAAGACACGACAGACCCUGGUUCUCCUCCUCGGCUUGAUCCACGCAGGCUCAAUUCGAAAUGCUCUCAUCGUCUGCCCGAAGAGUGUCCUUGACGAAACUUGGCUGAAGGAAGUGAAAAAACUGAUUGCGUUCUUCAGUUGGAAACAUCAGGAGCCAAAAGUUGUCAUGGCUGCAAGUACGCUGACUGAGAGGCAGCGCCUUCAGGUCUUGAAACUCGCACGUAACUGCUCUGAGCAGGCACCACAUCUGAUCAUAACGUCCUACCCACAAGUACAAGCAAGCAAGCGGGGCUUCAUGCCUGGAAAUGGUGUCGGUUCUGGGCUUGGCUUCUUUCAAGUGGUUGUGCUGGACGAAGCCCACAGAGUGAAGAACCCAAAAUCGAGACUCAGAAAACAUCUUGACUUCAUCUGCAAGAAAUCUUGCAAACUCCUUUUAACUGGUACCCCAAUAUUGAACAGACUGGAGGAAUUGCACAGCCUUCUCAAGAUGGCAGCCCCAGAUGAGUUUGGGGAAUGGCCUCGUUUUCGCGAUCAGUACGCGAGGCCAAUCGAAGCGUCAAGACAGCCAAGUGCAUCCAGCUACGAGAUAAAGCGAGGCGAAAAGCUCGUUGCAGAGCUUCAAGAAAAGAUUCUGCCAUAUCUGCUACAACGGCAGAAGAAGGACCAUCUCAAAUCCAUGGUUCCGCCAAACUAUGAGUUUGAUGUAUGGACGAAGCUCUCGCCGAAACAAAGGAGCCUAUAUUCGGAGUUUGUAAAGGAUGGCAAAUUGCUUUCGGGGAUCAGCAACAAAGACGCAACUUGUGUUCUGCCAGCCAUCCACAAGUUGCGGUACCUAUGCAACCAUCCACUGCUGUUCAACCAUGCCCUCGAAGGGGACAAGCAAACGAUUAAGUCGACCUUGCAGGCUUUGGGCAAACAGACUCUCGUUGAUCAGAGUCCAAAAAUGAGGGUGAUGUUGAAACUAUUGCACAAAUGGCGUUCGGAUGGCCUCAAGGUUCUCGUCUUCUCUCACUCUGUGAAGAUGCUGAACAUCAUUGAGUUCGUACUUGCUGGAACAGAGGGCAUCCAGGUGUGCCGGAUUGACGGCUCAACAAGCCAGAAGCGGCGCCAGCAGCUAGUGCGUGACUUCAACCGUAUUGGAUCACAGUACAAUAUCAUGCUCCUCUCAAUCGAAGCUGGAGGGGAAGGUUUGACUCUUACAGGAGCCAACAAAAGCAUCCUGUUCGACCCCGCGUGGACAUUGGCCAAGUCGGAUCAAGCAGUGGCUCGAACUUGCCGUCCAGGGCAGACAAGGGAUUGCGAGACUGUACACUUGCUGUCUGCGGGUACAGUCGAGGAAAAGAUGUACGGGAAACAGAUGUACAAGGGUGGCGUAGAAGGGGCUAUCCUUGCCAACAGAUCUAAAGGUUUUGAAAUGAGGUUUUAUGACAAAGACGAACUCACAAAACUCUUCACCCUUGAACCUGAUGAUGUGUGCGAAAGCCUCAAACUCAGUUUGAAGCAAGGGAGUGCUUGCCUGAAGAAGUGCAGCGUCAACAGCAAUGACAAAAAAAGCGUUGUGGGCAUCUCCCGUCGAAACAGCUUGAAGUCCAGUUAG